AUGAACCAACCACCGCAGUACCAACCGCCGCGGCGGACGGGAGGCUACUCGUCGCAUCCCGAGGAGCUGCACAUGUCAUCCGGCAUAUCCCACCAGAGCCAGCAGAUGUCGCCCCGCGACUACUCGACAACAGGCCCGCCUCCCAUCAAGCUCGACCAGUCUCCAAACCUGCCGCAGCUGCCCAACUAUCAGCCCGCCGGCGGCGUUCCGAAUGUGCUGCAACCGGGCGGACUGAGCUCGCGCCCUCCCGCAAUCUCGUCCAACACGGCGCCCACCUUGCCCACCAUACAACAGUCAGAGUAUCAACCGCAUCAGCCCCAGUCAAAACCGAGCUCAUUGGGCUUGUCUCAUACAUCAUACUCGCGUUCCAGCCCCUCGGCGUCCUACGAGGGGGGUUCUGGCUAUAUGCCGUACACGCCGACGACCCCUGGUGGCACCAACAGCUCCUCCCAGUUCAUGUCGCCAACCGAAUCAAAGUAUACCGGUUCGAGCUCUCAGCGCAAUGUCUCCAACACCCCGCUAGGACUCAAUGAUAUCCGACCGCGCGCGGACUCAAGUCUCUCGGAUGGCCUGCCAGGGACGCCUGCAUACGAGCUGGCCGCUGCCCAGCCCCGCACCAGCAACUACAUGGCCCCUUGGGCUCUUUAUGCUUUUGACUGGUGUAAAUGGGCUCCGCAUGGAAACAGUGCUGGUAAACUGGCGAUUGGAAGCUACUUGGAAGAUGGGCACAACUUUAUCCAAAUCGUCGAUGCACAUCUAUCUCCCACGCCGUCCGAUGUCUACACGCCCGGCACAUCCAAGUACACCAUGGAGUUCACAAAAAUCGCAGAGGCGACACACUCAUAUCCUGUCACGCGUCUGCUUUGGGAGCCCCCGUCACAACAAAAGCAAUCUACGGACCUCCUCGCUACCUCAGGCGACCACCUCCGCCUAUGGUCGCUUCCAUCUGAUCCUCAAACCCAUGCGCACAGCUCGUCGAUAACCUCGAGAAACGGCCGCGAUAUGCCCAUCACAAAGCUGACGCCGCUUGCCCUUUUGUCCAACUCCAAGACGCCAGAUCACACGGCCCCGUUGACGUCCCUCGACUGGAACACCGUCACGCCCAGCUUGAUUAUCACCUCGAGUAUAGAUACCACGUGCACCAUCUGGGACAUUCCCUCCCUGACGGCCAAGACACAACUGAUUGCCCACGAUAAGGAGGUCUACGACGUGCGAUUCUGCGCCCAGAGUCAGGACGUCUUUGUGAGCUGCGGCCAGGACGGCAGUGUUCGCAUGUUUGAUCUCCGCAGCCUGGAGCACAGCACGAUCAUCUACGAACCCACGGGCAAGGAGGAGAGAGACGCCAACGGCGGCCGCAUGAGCCCGACCCUCGCGCAGCAGACCAUGUCGCACCCACCGCCACUCCUCCGGCUGGCCACGUCUCCGCACGACCAGAACCUCCUGGCGACCUUUGCGCAGGACUCGAGCGUCAUCCGGAUCCUGGACGUGCGGCAGCCGGGCCAGGCUCUGCUCGAGCUGCGGGGCCACGGCGGGUCGCUCAACUGCGUCGAGUGGUCUCCGCUCCGGCGCGGCACCCUCGCCUCGGGUGCCGACGACUGCCAGGUGCUCAUCUGGGACCUGCUCGGCAGCAACAACCCGCCGGGGCCUUCCUCGAAUUUGAACGGUGCCGCCGCGACGGGCGCGUCGUCGUCGUCCAACAGUGACAGCGCCAGGAGUCCCGUCGCCAGCUGGCAGUGCGACUACGAGGUGGGCAACCUCGGCUGGGUGCCGCACCUGUCGAGCGGGGAGUACGGCGAGUGGCUCGGGGUGAGCGCUGGGCGCGGCGUCUGGGGGGUUCGGUUAUGA